GGGUUGGGGUUCAGGAGAACCCAACAACUUAAAUUAAACAUUUUUCAACCCGAAACUGGGCCUAGAACCCAUUUCCUCGAAGGAUUGCCAAACCCAAAAAUGAAGAAAGAAAUCUCUGUUAUGCCCUCUCUCUGUGAGUGUACUGAGAAAGCUAGGUAGCAGUGCGUGAAGAGAGUUGAGUUAAGAUCGACGAGAGGGAAGAAACAUGAUGCUAAUACGGUCAAGAUGCAAACUUGUGAAAAAUUUUAGCAUUUCUGUUUCUGGGUCUCUUGGAAUAUGCAUGCACUCGACGAAAAGCGUGUUGGAGAGUCUUGAAAAUCGUGUGUUCAAGGUUGGGGACCCUAGGAUUCCAGUGGUUCCUAUUCUGAACCAAUGGGUCGAAGAAGGCAGAGAAGUCACCUACUCUCAGUUCCAUGAUAUCGUUCGUCGCCUCUCUCAAUUUCGUCGCUUCACACAUGCCCUUCAGGUGAUGGAAUGGAUGUGUAAUGAAAGGAACUAUGACUUGUCUCCAGGAGGCAUUGCAAUACAGAUCGACCUAAUUUCAAAAGUCCAUGGUCUUGAACAAGCUGAUAGAUAUUUUAGAAGUAUCCCUGAUGCUAAAAUUGGGUUUAAGAUAUAUGCUGCACUUUUAAGAUGCUAUGUGGAGCAUAAAUCUCUGGAGGAAGCAGAGGCUGUCAUGAAGAAAAUUAAGAAGUUUCCUCCUCUGGAUAUAACUGAGUGUUAUAAUCUGAUGCUGAAACUAUAUGGUCAAAUGGGUAAGUAUGAAAAAUUGGAUAGGUUGGUGCGAGAAAUGAAAGAGAAAGAUCUCUGUAAUGCUCGAACAUAUAUGUUUCAGUUAAAUGCAUAUGUGGCCGCCACAGACAUAGAGGGGAUGGAGAAGUUACUUAUGCAAAUGGAAGCUGAUCCCUUUGCAACUGUGGACUGGUAUACAUACUGUAAUGCAGCAAAUGCUUAUAGGAAAGUACAUAAUAUUGAGAAGGUCACGGCCAUGUUAAAGAAAUCAGAGCAUUUAGCCAAAGGCAAGAAUAGGAGACUUGCUUAUGAAUCUAUUCAAACUAUUUAUGCUGUUAUUGGGAACAAGGAUGAGGUUUAUAGGCUUUGGAAUGUUUGCAAAAGUCUUAAAAAUUCCUGCAACAACUCAAGUUACAUAUGUAUGUUGAGCUCUUUAGUAAAGUUGGAUGACAUUGAGGGGGCAGAGAAGAUUUUGGAAGAAUGGGAAUCUCAAUAUGCAAAUUUUGAUUCCAGAAUUCCAAAUUUAAUGAUCAGUGCUUAUUGUAAAUGGGGUCAGUUUGAUAAGGCUGAGGCCUAUAUCAAAAGGCUUUUGGAUGGUGGGAAGCCAUUAGAUGGAAGAUCGUGGGACCGACUGGCGUGUGGCUAUCGUGCAGAUAAUGAUAUGGAGAAAGCAGUUCAGGCAAUGAAGAAAGCUGUCUCGGCAAAUUUAGCAGGAAGGAAACCAGAUCAUGUCACUCUAGUUGCUUGUGUUAAAUACCUGAAAGAAAAAGGAGACUUGGAUUUGGCCCUUGAGAUUCUUAAGUCAUGCAUAGAGAAAAAGCAUAUCUCAGUCACUUCCUAUGAUGGAUUGGUAAGUUAUGUUCAUAAUGUAAACCCAGAUACAGAACCCCUUGAUCUUAUUAAAGGAGAUUAUCAAAAGUAUACAAGUGAAAGCACUCAAGUUCUUGAUGGGGAAAACUGAUUGUUGAAUCUAAAUGGUAAGCAGACCUUCAUUAUCUGUGUUUUGUAAAGAUAUCCUUGAUUUCUUUCCUCUGUUUUUAGAGGUUCGGUUGCUACUACCAUCAUCAUCAUCAUCAUCAUGUUUCAGUGAUGAAAUUAGCUCAUGAUUUCUUUGCUGUCAUACUCAUUACCAUUUAACCUAUUUAGAUUGUAGCUGCAUAGGAGGAUUACCAUCUUCAUUUUGACUUACACUUUGACCAUAUGCCUUGAGAAUUUUCUCAUUGAAGUAUAAAAGUGUGUUUCCUUCGACUUCA